AUGGACAAGCUUUCUGGUCUCGCAUCCAAGCUCGGCGGCAAGGGCUCCAGCUCCCACUCAGGCUCCAACUCUGGUGGCCAAGGCCAAGAGGACUACGUCGACAAGGGUCUCGAUGCUCUCGAGAAGAAGUUCGGUGGCGGCAAGGUUGACCCCGCGAAGAUGCGCUCCACCAACGAGAAGAUUACCGACACUGGUCGUGAGCAGUUCGAAAAGGCCACUGGAAAGAAGGUCCCCUCCAAGAUCUCCAACUAG